CUCCUCCUGUGAUAAUUUCGCCAUAUUUCCUUGUCGGGAUCAUAAAUAGGAGAUCAGAAGGAAGGAGGCGGAGGAGGAGAAAAGAUGAAUGCCGUGAUGUCAGUCCGUCCCACUCCUGUUCAGUACAAAUGCAGCAGCUGAGCCUGCAUGCCACUGCUGCUGAUCUGAUCCCACACACACACACAAGGACAAAGACACACUCAUCACACACACUCAGAGUCACAACCAGAGCUGGGAGAUGCUACCGGCUGGCAACCACUGACAGCCUUCACUGCCCAGUCGAUCCGGACACGCCGCACCUCCACCUCCAACUCCAGAGAGCUCCUGCAGCGCUUCACAAAGGACGCCACGCUGACCUGCAGCAGCUGAAGACUUCACCUGACCCCACAUCCUUCAAAGAAAAGGCAACCUGACACUGAGCAGAGCAGGAAAAAGGAGCGAUCAUACCCCACUGCUGAAACUUGACCAACUGGACCGACUGCCAGAGGGGCUGACGGCCGUCUCCAGCGCCCGGCGAACAGAGGCAGGAUGCUGGCUAAAAUCCUUGAGGACAUGUGGGUGGAGCCGGAGGUGCUGGAGGCCCUCAGCGAGGAGCAGAAGAGGAUCCUCUUCCUGAAGAUGAGGGAGGAGCAGGUCCGCCGCUGGAAAGAGCGGGAAGAGAGGGAGGAGAGGGAAGGACAGGACAAUGCCAGGCCCAAGAAAGCUUCCAGUAAACAUGUGACUUGGCUUCUCGGCCGCGACGGAGACGUGAGCGUCAUGGUGAUCGGAGAGGUGGACGAGUUCAGGUCCUCCAGGCUCCUCCAGGGCCUCAUGAACAACAGACUCCACAGCGAUAAUAUGAAUGGCAUCCAGACAGCCGAUUUGCUGCCAGGAAGAGAGGCCCAGCAGCUCGGCUUUAAAGAAGACAUCCAGCUGCCCCUCGCAGAUGUUAGUGAUGACCCACCUACGCCGACCGACCAAUCGUCCGAGGAGGACAUGGACUCCUGCGGCGCCGACGACGACCUGAAGGACCCCGCCGAGGACAGCGACAGCGAAUCAGGCAGCAGCUCGGACAGCCUCAGCGACUGGGCUCCUCUCUACAGGCCCCAUCUUAGUAGCCAUGGCAACCAGCCGCUCAAAGCCCAGCUGUCAGACACAGAGAGGACUGGUGCACAGGACAGAGAAGCCGAGCUUUGCAAAGAGAAGCCAGAAAGUCGUGUGGCUCAGCUCAGGAAAACGUUCGCAGGUGAUCUUCACGUCACGUCACCUGCCUGCACCAAACCGCCUCUACCUGCCAAACCUGCUCACCUGCAGAGCAGACGCCAUUAGGACUCCCUGAGCGUCCACCCUACGAAGGCAACACUUGAUCCCAGGGAGCCUCCAGCGCCGAGGCCUGCCGCAGGAAUAACAGCUCAGUCAUUCAGCGACGGUCCUGGCUGAGGUUACACACAUGGAAAGAAAUGAGUCCUCGCAUGAACCCGAGCUGUGAACUAAAACACACUUUAUUAGAGCUCAUUUCAAGGUCCGACCCACAGACAGAGAAACGUCUGGGGGCUGCAGCGAGACAAAGACUUGAAAGCUUUUGAACCGAAGUCAACCUGAAUGAUAAAACUAAGCAGCUUUGAUGUCGAGUUGAAAUUCAAGUUCACAUAGCGUCUGUGAUUGACAGGCAGACACGGAGCGAGGUGUCCAGAGAAACAGAGACACACACAGACUAUUGACUACAGGUGGAAAACACUGGCUUUCUCACGGAGACGUCAGAAAACAAGUUGCUGGGAACUGAAACAUCACAAAAAAAAACACUUUUAUUGUCUUCUGUACUGAUCCAAACUGUUUAAAUGUAGUCCUUGUCUACGAACUGUUGGACACCUCUGACUUUCAGCAAACACAAUGAUCCUCCAGCGGGGGUUUUGAGGGUAAAAUAAAAGGAAUUCAUUACUGGUAAACCAUAAAACAGCCUGAAUAUACUGCAUGUAGUACCUUUAUUCUGAAGGGGAUUUCAAAACACUCGCUCGCACACAUUCACUGACAAGCGCCGACCUGCUCAUCAGAAGCCUUUUAGCGUCUGGUUUCUUGUUCACUUUCACUUACCGUCGAUGAUUUAUGGUGCAGACACAGAAUGAAGAUGCGGACUUUGGACAGCGGCGGUUUUAUUUAUUUGGCUAAUCCAGCUCAUUGGAUUCAGCAGCACGAGGCUCGAGGGUCCGUCGGCCUGCCAGUCGGUUGAUCCAUCAUCUCUGUGAGACGCGUCAACUCCGAUUAUGUGGACUGUCAUCGCAUUUUGGAGAGACGUUCGUGGUCUCCAGAUGAUGAAUUACGCUAUCUUUUUUUCUCCGGUGCCGCUCGUUUUAGUGAAUCGUCUUGACGACUAUAAACGAGACGGGAUAAAUUCUAAUAAACUCUUGUCCAAACACCUGUAAAAACUCUGCCUCUCUGUCUCAGAUGUAGUUUAUACUAGCUUUUAUUGUGCUGUUUAACAAAUGUUGGCAUGUUAACGCGCUAAAGUAAGUUUCUGAAUGUAAUAAAACAUACUUGCUAGUAAGUAAA